CCUCCAUUGUCUUCACCGAACAGACACGAGCAGUCGAGAGCACCAAACCUCCAAAUAUGCCGUCAAAGAUCAACGCAUCUCAGCCUCUUUCUCUCUCUCUCGCAAACUCAAUCCCACACCAUCACGAUGACGACGACGAUUUCCAAAUCCCUCUCUCACAAUCACAAGCUUUCACUAUUGCUUCAACUUCCAGACAACCCCUCAAACCCUCCAACAAUUGCCGCCGGCCGCCCAAAAAGCCCAAGCGAUCCACCAAUCCCGGCAAGGAGAAUGUCCCUUCCACCAGAUCUCUACCGAAUAAUAAAACGCCAUCUGUUACCGACGAGGAGUUCAACUUAUACCAGAAUUGCAGCUUGGAUUUGAUAGAUUCGAGCAUUGAUUGCAGUCAUAAAAACAAUGAUGUCAACGAAGAUGAGCAAUUUCAAGCGAAAAGUUUUGAAACUGAGAGUGUUAAGAGGAAGGAGGGACUGGAGGUGAAUACGGGCUACUUGUGCAAUUCGAUAGAAGCUAGGCUUAUUAGGUCGGGAGUAGAUUCUGGAGUCAAUCCCGUAGGUCAGGGAUUGAAUGAAGCUGAUGGGUUAGAGGAUUUCCACGAAUAUGGUGACAUAGACGUUCUAAUUAAGUUGUGUACUGAUGAUACAAGUGAGGAAAACAAGUGUAUCAGUGGUGCGGAUCAUGGGGGUUGUUUGGUUCAGUGCCCACUUUGCGGAAUUGACAUUUCGGAUCUGAGCGAGGAAUCUAGACUAGUUCACACUAAUGAUUGUCUUGACAAAGAGGAGAAAAAUGCUCAAGAAGUUGCGCCAGCAAACAGUGACAGGGGAAGUGACUUUGCACCACAAGCUGUUGAUGAUCUUGUUCAUUCUCCUGGCCAAGUUGUUGAUGUUCCCCCUGUAAUUAACUGCUGGCUACGAAAUUUGGGUCUAGAAAGAUAUGAGGAAGCUUUUGUUCGGGAAGAGAUUGAUUGGGACUCCUUAAAGUGGCUUACGGAAGAGGAUCUCUUCAGCAUAGGCAUUACUGCACUAGGUCCCAGGAAGAAGAUUUUGCAUGCUCUCGCUGAGCUUAAAAAAGGAUGUAAUACACAUGCCUCUGCGGAAGUUGGAUCAUGUAGCGUCCAUGAAGCAGGGAUGCAAGUAGGGGCUUCCAAAGUUAUUGGCAAUGAAACUAGUAAACCAACUGCAAACAACUUGAUCACAAAUUAUUUUCGUGUUUCUGCCAAUGUUAGGAAGAAAACUGGCAGCAUCUCUACAGAAAGGCAAGAACUAGGAAAGAGUCAUCCGGACCAUGUUCAUAAACGUUUGAAAAAAACCAACCCAGUAAACAAUCGAAAACUCAAAGAUAUUCCCUUGUGGUGCACCAUACCAGGGACACCAUUUCGGGUGGAUGCUUUCAAAUAUCUUAGAGGAGAUUGUAUCCAUUGGUUUCUUACGCACUUCCAUAUGGAUCAUUAUCAAGGGUUAACAAGGUCCUUCUGCCAUGGGAAGAUUUAUUGCUCCAUGAUCACAGCAAGACUUGUAAAUAUGAAGAUUGGGAUUCCUUGGGAUAAAUUACAAAUUUUACCUCUCAACCAGACCAUCAAUAUUGCUGGUGUUAAAGUGACAUGCUUGGAUGCAAACCACUGCCCAGGUUCCAUCAUCAUACUCUUCGAACCUCCCAAUGAUAAGGCAGUUUUACACACGGGAGAUUUUCGCUUUUGUGAGGAGAUGGCAAGCAUGACUGCUUUACAAAUGUGUCGCAUCCACACUCUCAUCCUUGAUACCACAUACUGCAAUCCCAAGUAUGACUUUCCAAAGCAGGAGGCUGUAAUACAGUUUGUCAUUGAGGCCAUCCAAGCUGAAUCUUUCAACCCCAAAACUCUUUUUCUAAUUGGAAGCUACACUAUUGGAAAGGAAAGACUGUUCUUGGAGGUUGCUCGCUUACUUCGUAGAAAGGUUCAUGUUACAGCGGCAAAGUUCCGUCUAUUAGAAUGCUUAGGGUUCUCGAAGGAAGAUAUGCAGUGGUUCACAUUAAAUGAACAGGAAAGCCAAAUUCAUGUGGUGCCUAUGUGGACACUAGCGAGCUUCAAAAGACUAAAACAUAUAUCCAAUCAAUAUGCGGGUCGAUUCAGUCUUAUAGUUGCCUUCUCGCCAACUGGCUGGACAUUUGGUAAAGGGAAGAAGAAGUCCCCAGGUAGAAGGUGGCAACAAGGAACAAUCAUAAGGUAUGAAGUUCCUUAUAGCGAACAUUGCAGUUUUACAGAGCUUAAAGAGUUUGUGAAGUUAGUAUCUCCUGAAAAAAUAAUACCAAGUGUGAAUAAUGAUGGACCAAAUUCUGCUGAUUCCAUGGUUUCCCUUCUGUUAUCUUGAUUGAUUCACUUCAAGUCUUCAAGCUGUAAAAAACCCUUGUCUUUGGUUGAAACGCCAUGCUUCUAAUUUCUAAAGAGAAAGAAGGCAGUUAUCUGCUACAUUCAUCUGU